GUCACUCUUGCGGCAACCAUGUUGGAAAUUUGAGAAGAACUACCUUCGAAAAAACUGUAUUUUUACUUUAAGUUUUUUGGCAUUCUGGAGUUUUACUGACCGGGGGCUGUAGUUGAAGCAAGAUGCAGGACAUAGUUGCGAGCAUCGCGGAUAUAACGCUAGAAAUCGAGUACCAGCUUAAGAAUCAAAUAGGAUGUAUUUCUCUACCCUUCCCUGGAAUGGACAAGUCCAGUGCUGCAGUCUGCGACUUCUUUGUGAAAGGUCUUUGUAACAGAGGAGCUUAUUGUCCAUUCAGACAUACAUCAGGGGAAAAAACAGUUGUUUGUAAACAUUGGUUGCGAGGGCUUUGUAAAAAGGGUGACCAGUGUGAAUUUCUUCAUCAAUAUGACAUGACAAAGAUGCCUGAAUGUUAUUUUUACUCAAAGUUUGGUGAAUGUAGUAAUAAGGAGUGUCAGUACCUCCAUAUUGACCCUCAGUCCAAGAUCAAGGACUGCCCAUGGUACGAUAGGGGAUUCUGCAAACAUGGUCCUCAUUGUCGUCACCGGCAUGUCAGACGAGUGCUAUGCAUUAAUUAUCUUUGUGGGUUUUGCCCUGAUGGUCCAAACUGCAAGCAUAAACACCCAAGGUUCGAGCUUCCAGUAGCCAAGGAUGAUGGCAUGGAAAAGAAGAUGACUAUCACAUGCCAUGCAUGUGGUCAACCUGGACACAAAGCAAACGUCUGUCCACAACAUAAAGAUUAUAACAAGAUUAAUAUAACAAUAUCUGGAACUGGUGAUCAGCCGUUUGUGAGAAGACCACUGGAAACAGUAACAUGCUUCAAGUGUGGUGAUAAAGGACAUUACGCUAACAAGUGCCCUAAAUCUAGAUCAGAUCUGAUUGGAUGAUGGCCAUGAUGCCAUGGGAACGCAACAGCUGUCAUUCAAGAGCAACAUGAGCUCAAGAGCAUCACCAGGGUUGUUUUAUUGGAUGAUGGUCAUUCUAUAGCUGUCAUUCAAGAUGUUGACAAGCAUCAGCAUGGCUUCAAGAGCAUUUGAUUGGAUGAUGGUUAUAAUGUCAUGUUACAAAAUAGCUGACAUUCAAGAUUUUGACAAGCAUCAUUAUGGCUGUCAAAAAGGACUUGACUUCAUUGCUGGUAGAUGCGAUCCCCUGGAGGGUUAAACAGUCGAAAAUACGUGACUGGCAAGAGUUGUGAAAAAAAGGCGACAUGGGCGUCAAGAGAACGACAGUGGCUUACAAUGCGGCGUGCGCUAGCGUGGCACCAAUGAAAAGUUAGCCAAUCAGCAUGCGAGAAUCACAGUGUUGAUUGACACUUAUAACUAGGAGGGUUCCAUUGUGUUCUGAUGUGCACUGAAGCAUUUCUUUGCCUCGCUGAUUGGCUAGCGAAGUUCGUGUCAAUCAGAUAGCACGUCUUUCGCAUCCUCAUCCUCGCACCACGAGUGCGAGCCAAUGAAGAUGCGACGGUAGCGCGCGUCGCAUGGUUAACUUUGUCUUGGUGGUCACGGAAGCGCGCGUCGCAUGGUUAACUUUGUCUUGGUGGCCACGGUAGCGCGUCGCAUGGUUAACUUUGUACUGGUGGGCACGGCAGCUCGUGUCGCAUGGUUAAGUUCUUAUAGGUGGCCACGGUAACGCGCGUCGCAUGGUUGACCUUGUAUUGGUGACCACGGUAGCACACGUCGCAUGGCUUACUUUGUACUGGUGACCACGGUAGCGCGCGUCACAUGUUUAACUUUGUACUGCUGACCACGGUAGCGCGCGUCACACUGUAAGAGACUCGCUGAUUGGUUUUCCAAGAAGUGUUGUAUUUAGUGUAGUUUAGAGUGGUUUUCAAAAACUCGUGCAACAAAAUGUAGUUGUUAAAAAAAGUCAAGCCAGAACAAAGAAGAACAAAGACAUUACAGUGUAUUAGUAAUAAAUAAACUAAUAGGUAUUUCACCGGUUUUUGAAAACCACUCUAUUUCAAAUCCUUGCAUUACAUAUCACCCAUUCUUUAACUACUCUUUUUUAUCUACGUUUCUCAAAGACACCACGAAUAAACAUAAUAGGGAACUUAAGCUACAACUACGAUAGCGGAGGGAAAGUGGUAACAAUUACCCCCAAAAAAUAUUCAGAAACAGAUGGAAUAUAAAUACGAACCUUAGCGAACAUAGAAAAAGAGUUCCAAGGUCACGUCCACGUCUUUGAAGACCGUGAAAUUUGUGAAUUUAACGUGGUUUGAUGGUAAACGCCGCAAUCGUUGAAAAGGUAUCUUUUUUUUUUCUAAAGCGAGCACUCCUUUUUUCCCGCCAAACUAUCAAAGUAGCUCCAUAGAUCACGUGGCCAGGUGAUUGUAGUAUACUGUACAGAUUGCUUCCAUGUUUAUACGAGAGGUAUUUGUAUUAAAUUGAAUUAUACUAAAA